GUAUAGUAUAGUAUAGUAUACUGUUAAGAACAGCUUGUAGAAAUUGUAGAUUGUUAGACUUGAGUGUUGAGACUGUACAUGUACAGACUAAAAGCGCAUAAUCAAUGAGUGGUAUAUUACCAAAUUGUCCAAACCACUACUUAAGCUCCACUUCGAUCUUUUGGCGUUUACCUCAUCCCAUCGCAUUAUCACCAUCGAAAAUCACUAACGCGUACUCGAGUCUACCCAUCUUCACCAGGAUCUCACAGCACGGCGGAACUACGACUACGACAUGUCGGUGGGUUCUUCAGCUCCAGUCUCAGCGACUCAACGAAUAAGUAAGUCUGACUUGACUCAAUUCUUGGACGAUAUCGAGAAGAACAUUAAUACCGAUGAUAAUGCUGAUUUCAAAAAGUUAAUACUAUACUUGUUUCAAUUCACCAACGAUAAGUUAUGGAACUUAAGUAGUGAAGAUAGUCAUGAGUUAGUACCUCGACUCUUGGAUACCAUUGAGUUGGUAUUAUCCAAGAGAUUACAUUUAUUGAAUCUUCUACUAGAAUAUGAUGAUUACUGCUCUAUAUACGUACCGACUGAAGAGGAAGAAUCAUCAGAAUCAUCAGAAUCAUCCUAUCUUCUAUACGAUUGGUCAAUUUUAUUUGCUAUUGAUCAUAUACCCAGUUAUCAUAAUAAUAUCACUCUACUAAAUCAUAUUAAAUCAUUUAUAAUUCAUAUCAUUAAUCUUGUUACUACUAAACUUCAUAAUUUUAAAUAUGUUAAACAACUACGAAGUAAAUUAUUAACUAUACUAGAUACAAAUAUAUCUAUAUUACUUAAUAGUAUAGGGAAUGAUGGAAUUGAAAUGAAUAAAACAUUAAUUCAAACUGUUCAUAUGUUUUCUAUCCUAAAUGAUUAUGAUUUAUCGAUUAAAUUAUCGCUUAAUCUUAUUAGUUAUCAAUUAAAAUUCGAAAGUUAUAGUCGAAAGAUUUGGUUUAUCCUUAAUGAAAUAUAUCCAUAUCCAUCUAAUGAAGAUACGCUUCAAUUAGUUGAUAAUUUAAAAUCUAUAGUUGUAAUGAAUCUUACUGAUAAUUUAGUACUUUAUGAUUCAACAACUUGGAAUCAAAUAUCUAUGGUAUUAACUUGGAUAAUUGAAUAUUUAAGAACAGAUCUUGAUAAAUCUAUGAAUGUCACGAAAUCAGCAGCUUAUACAUUUUUGAAGAUAUUUGCCUUAUGUAUUGAUAAGGAUAUUGUAGAGAAUUUCAUUAAUUGCAAUAAUUUACGAAGUUUAUUGGCAAAGUUAGAUGAUAAAUCAUUUACUAAGUCAUUACCGGGAUUAAUCGUUAAGGCAUUACACAUAAUUCGAUUUCGUUAUGGUACAUUUAUAGAUGAUACUAUUGUAGUCAAUGAGUAUCGAACAUCUGAUUCCAAUCAGUUUAUUAUUAAACCAUUUGUGGAUAUGGAAUUAGAAUCAUUAAGACUAAAGUUACUCAAUCUCCCUAAUGGUCAAAGUCAAGAAGAAUAUCUUAGUCAAUGGAUUCAUUAUGUUAAACAUCUUAUACAACAUGAAUCCCAGAUAUUUGAUGAAGAUUAUACACUUUAUACUAUGAUUACUGCCCUAGGUAAUUUCUCAUGUUUGUUAAGUAAAGAUUUUAACUUUCGAAUUAAUGAAUGUUCGAGAUGUGGAAGUGGAUCUAAAUACAAGAAUUACUAUGAUAAUAUCGAUGUUAAACGUCGAGUAUUCUAUACUUCACCAGAGAUUGUAGGAUUAUAUGAAAUCAUUAUAAGUGAUUUCUUAAUUGGGAAGAAGAGACAUGUAUUAGAUACUAAUCCAUUAAUAUGUACCAACUUAUUAUUAACUAUCUAUAAGUUAUUUGCUAGUUAUAAUCCUCAAACACUGACAGUUCAUGAUGAAAGAGUAUUCAAUUUCAUUAUCUAUUGUUUAACCAAUAAUCAUAAUCGAGAUGUACGAUUAUUAGCAGGAAGAAUACUUCCACUCUACUUAAUUCAAGAUAAAACAGUUAAUACAGAUAGUAUUUUUAAACGAAUCUUUCAAAUCAUUACUAAUAUUGAUUUCACUAGUGAAAAUAGACAACAUUUUGCUGAAUCAACUAUACGAGCAUUACUGGAAUUAGCCGUUAUAUCUGAAGGCGAAAGAUUAUGUGUUAUAUUUAUAAAACUUAUCGAUUAUUUUGGAGAAAAUAAUGAACAACAUGCCAAUUAUGGUUAUAGUGCUAUUUUAUAUAUAUCAAGUGCAAAAGUUAUGCCCCCUUAUAAAUUAUUAUUCCCAUUUUUACCUAGUAUAUCUGAAGUUAUUAUAAAGAAACCUCGAAUGUUAUCUCGAGUUACUGAAGUGUUGGGUGUCACCAUUAAAUUUUUUUUAACCAGAACAAGAGAGUAUACUACUCCUCGAUUACUUGAAUAUUAUAAACAUGAUUUUAUUCAAGAUAUUGCCCAGGCAUGCGACUUGACUAAAUUAGAAUUAAUUCAUAAGAAUUUAUCAAGAAUUAUUGCUUAUUAUCUUGUUCGAGAUGCUCAUAUUGAUGAACAAUAUAUAAUCAAUGUUCUUUCAACGGUUUAUCCUAAUUAUCAAUUAUUAACUCUUGCUGAUAUCAUUCGAAAGAGUGGAGAAUUGACUUGGUUUAUUCUACUUCAAAUUCAAGUAGAUGAGGGGAAUAAUAUAGUUAAUAAUGAUAGAAUAUUGAAUGCCUUAAAGUAUACUGCCAAAGUAACUAUUAAACAAAAGGAUAAACCAAUCAAUGUUCAGGGGAAAUAUGUAGAAUUUCUAUUAGAUGAGAAUGUACUUGAAUUAGUCCAAAGAUUUAGUGAGAAUAUGCAUCAUAUUAAAGGUACUAAACCAUAUUUAGAGAAGAUUAGUUCAUUACGAGCCAUUGAAUUUCUUAUUAAUACGAAUAUUAAUGCUGCCACUACGGCUCUUGGACAAAUAUCUACUUGUUUACAAGCAUCAUUAGAGACUGCGGAAUUUCAGUAUCAUACCUUACGAAAUUUCCAUGCAUUAAUACUUAAAUUACCUCGAAAUCAUCUUAUUACUAUAGUUGAUAUUAUUAUCUCACUGAUAUAUCAGAAAUAUGAGGAAUUUGAUAAGAAUUCUAAGGAUUUAGCCGUACGAGUACUUAAGGAUAUCUUUACAGAAAUCACUACUAAGCGGAGUAGUAGAUUAGUACUUUAUUUACUUUCAAUUCCAUUUCUUAAACAUAUUGAAGUAAGAGAUAUUAUAUCAGGAGGGUUUAAUAAGAACAUUAAACAAAUCUCUCGAUUAGUAAUCUUUCAAGAAUUCACUAGACGAUUAAAUACUAGUAAUGAAUAUGUAGUUAAACAAGCAUUAUUUGAUUUAACUAAUUAUUGUCAACAGUAUCAAAUAAAUUGUCAAACUGAAUAUUUUAAGGAUCCAAUGUUAGAAGUUAGUAUAGGAGAUUUAAUUCGAGUAGUAUUAGAUACGGCUGCAAAAUUUAAAACUACUAAUGAAUCUAUAUCUACUGGAUGUGCUAAGGCCAUGUCAGUGAUUGGAUCAUUAGAUAGUAAUAAAUUUAAAUUCAAGACUAUUAAGAAACAAAUAGUUAUAAUUCAAGAUUUUAAGGAUUAUAAAGAGAAUAGUGAAUUCUUAGUUGAUUUUAUUGAGAAUAGAGUACUAAAAAUCUUUUGGGCAUCGAGUGAUCCAGUUAAACAAUUAUUUUCGGCUUAUGCUAUGCAAAAUUUCCUUAAGAUUCUUAAAUUAAAUCAUGAUAUUUUAACUCCUAAUAGUCAAGAUCAUCUUCUAUUAGUAUGGGAUAGAUUUAGUGAGAUUGCUAAAUCCACUUUAACACCUUUAUUAUCAUCUAAAUAUGUGGCCCCCACAGUAAAAUAUGAACCUAUUGAAUUCCCAUUAUUUAAAUUAGGUAUGAAAUAUGAAGCUUGGUUAGUUGAAUUUACAUCUGAUCUAUUAAAGAGACCAUUAGUAAAACCAAAAAGUCUGAAACAUGCCAUAUUUCAAACAUGUGCUCGACUUAUCCGAGAUCGAGAUCAAGAUAUUUCAUUAUGUAAUUAUUUACUAAAAUAUGUGGCCUUAUCUCAUAUUAUUAAUGGUAAUGAGUUAGCCAUUAAUAAUAUUAAACAAGAAUUCUUAAAUAUUCUUCAUACUGAUUUCACAACUUCAGUUACAGCCAUAUCUCCAGAAAGAAUUGAACUGUUAAAGGCAUGUUUCCAAGCCGUAUUUGAAGUAUUGGAUUAUUUAAAUGAAUGGGUAUCUACGGCUACUCAUUAUUCCAGUACCAAUUAUCUUGAAAAUGAAGAUUCAAUUAGGAUUAAAGCCAAUAUUAAAUAUAUUCGAGAGUUCUUACUGGUUAUACCCAUGGAUUUAAUUGCCAUUAAAUCAGCCGAAUGUGAUUCUUAUGAAAGAACUAUUUUAUACUUGGAGAAAUGUUAUAGAGAGGGUAAAGUAGACAAUUUAAAUCUUGUAACUACUUUACAAUCAAUGUAUUCAAAUUUAAAUGAUUACGAUUCAUUAAAUGGAGUAUUAAAGAAAUUCUCAACUAAUAAUUUAGGCGAGAAACUUAAAACUUUCCAAUAUAAUGAGAAUUGGAAUUUAGCUCAAGAAUCGUUUCAAAUAUUGGGUACCGUAGGUGAUAGUCAAGUGGAAAAUAAUACUAAAUUAUUAAAAUCUUUUCAUGAACAUGGAUUACAUGAAGAAGUAUUGGCUACUUUAGCAGAAAAGAGUGAUGCCCGAGAAUUAAGUUUAAUACCUUUGGAUUGGGCUCUUGUAGGACUUCAAUCUUCAGUAUAUUCUGGAGAUGUUAAAGAGAUUCAAAAAUGGUUCUUUGUCGUGAAUUCUAUUGGGAAGCCUCAAGAUGUAGAGACUCUUAUAACUUAUGAAUUUGCUAAGGGAGUUAACUUUCUCUUUGAGAAUAAACCUCUGGAAUUCACUAGUUGUAUGAAUCAUCUUUAUAAGAUUAUUGGUAAGAAUUUAGUGCCUACCACCUCAUCUAAUUUUUCCAGAAAUGUAACUCUUAUGAAUCAACUUCAUUCUAUUUAUGAUCUUUCACUUAUAAUUAAGUCUGAUCCUGAUAAUGAUAAUGAAGUAAUUCUUAAACAACGAUUAGCUAAUAUUGAUCAAGGAUUUGAUACUCAAUUACAAGUGUUAUCAUUACAUAAUAUUGGAAAUCAAAUGAAAUUGGAUAAUGGGAAAAUCGCUGAAGUAUUACUUUUCAGUUCUUCAUUAGCUCGAAAGAAUAAUCGGUUAGAUAUAUCUACUCGAUCGAUUUUAAAGGCUAUGGCCCUUAAUUGUAAAGAUGCCAAUAUUGAAUAUGCUAAAUUACUUUGGGCUCAAGGUAAACAGACUGAAGCCAUUAAAUCCUUAUCAGAAAUUCGUCAUGAUAUUGAUGGUGAUACGGGGAAUGAUGAGAAACGGGCUGAAGUUCAAUUAUAUUAUGCUAAAUGGCUUGAUGAAUCGAAUCAUCUUUCAUCUCAAGCCAUUAUUGAUGAAUAUAAUAAGGCUAUCCAACUUAAUCUGGCAUCGGAACGAGCCUAUUAUGAUCUUGGAUCUUAUUUUAAUAAAGUAUUUGAAUCAAGUAAUGAUCAAACAGGAUAUUAUGAACAACAAACAGUUCGAAAUUAUCUUAAAUCUUUAUCAUUAGGUAGUAGAUAUAUAUUUGAAGCAUUACCUAAAGUUAUAACUAUGUGGUUAGAUUUAGCUCAAAGAAGUAAUAAAAAUAGAGAAGCUGAACGUCGAAUUAAUUUAAUGGUUGAUGAUUUAAAUAAGGGAAUUAUAUCAAUUCCAGCUUGUGUUUGGUAUACAGCCAUAACUCAAUUAUUAUCAAGAAUUGUUCAUGAACAUAUUCCAUCUUAUGAACAUAUAUCUACUAUACUAUAUGUUAUAGUUAGACAAUAUCCUCAACAUAGUUUAUGGUAUGUAUUAUCUCAUUCGAAUUCUCGAGAUUCUAUUAGACGAGAAAGAAUAUCAGAUAUUCUUCUGAGAGUUAAAGCAGCCACUGAUAAUAUUGAUACUCUUAAUAUUGAUAAAGCCAAAGAAUUAUUUAAUAGUUUAAAUAAAAUUGCUAAUGUUAAAGUUCCUAAGAAUACUAAACAGAAGAGAUUAUCAUUGAAAAGGAAUUUUAAUGUAUUAAAUCUUGAUGAUCCAUUUGAAGCAUUAGUUAUUCCAGUUCGAUCUAAUUUGGAUAUAAGACUUCCAUCAGUUUAUACCCUUCGAAUUAGUCCAUUUCCUCGGUCUGCUACAGUAACUUUUGAUGGAGUUGAUGAUGUAGUUAAUUUAUUCUUUUCAUUACAAAUGCCUCGACAAAUAACUAUUAGAGGUUCCGAUGGUAAGGCUUAUAGAUUAAUGGUUAAACGUGAUGAUACAAGAAAGGAUGCUAAAGUUGGAGAAUUUACUACUAUGAUUAAUCGAUUACUUUCUUCAAGUAAUGAAGCAAGAAAGAGAGAUUUAAAUAUUCCAAAUUAUGCAGUUAUACCUCUAGCCGAAGAUUCUGGAGUUAUUGAAUUUGUACCUGAUGUUCAAACUCUUAAGGGAAUAACUACUGAUCAAAGGAAAAGAAUGGGACAAUCAUUACUGGAAAGGAAAGUAUUUAUUCGACUUGAAGAAGCUCAAAAACCAGUAAGAAAUAAUGGUCAUACUAAUGAUAAUAUGAGUAAUUUGAUUUCUGUAUUUAAUACAAUUAUGAAUGAUCAUCCUCCCGUACUUCAUCAUUGGUUUAUUGAUCAAUUUUCUGAUCCAUCAGCUUGGUAUUUAGCUCGUACCAAUCUUACCAGAUCUUUAGCAGUUAUGUCUAUAGUAGGUUAUAUUAUUGGAUUGGGUGAUAGACAUUGUGAAAAUAUACUUAUAUUUAAAAAAUCGGGUUCAAUAUUACAUAUUGAUUUUGAUUGUUUAUUUGAAAAGGGUACUACAUUACCGACACCUGAGAUUGUUCCAUUUAGAUUAACCCAAAAUUUAAUUGAUGCAAUGGGAAUUUGUGGUAUUGAAGGUAGUUUCCGUAUAACUUGUGAAGUGGCCGGAUCUUUACUAAGAGAUAAUGAAGCUCCAUUAAUGAAUAUUCUUGAAACUUUAUUAUAUGAUCCCUUAUUAGAUUGGAAGACUCAAAAGCCUGAAGCUCAUUUAUCUAAAGUUAGACGGAAAUUAAGAGGUUUGGUUAGUGAAAAGGAAGGGUUGCCUAUGCAUAUUAGUGGGCAAGUAGAUGUACUUAUUCAAGAGGCAACUUCAGUAGAGAGAUUGGCUCAGAUGUAUGGGGGCUGGGCUCCCUACGUAUGAUA